AUGAAACUCAGCUGGCUCGACGUCGAGUCCUCCGGUGAUGAGACUGGCUAUGUUGCCGGGGCCCAGACGGCCCUCCCGACGGCGGAGGAGGAGGACGAGGACGACGCGCCUCUAGUGCGGAGACCAAGGGCGCCCGCAGCAGCGGCCGCCUCCGCAGCGGCCGCUAGUGCCGUGGCGGCUUCCACGGCAACCGGGGCUGCGGCAACCCCACGAGGGUCCGUGGCUCCGCCCAAGCGGAGAAUCUUCCGUGGCUACUCGCUCAAGCUCAACCCCCCGAAGGAUAGCACCCCGGCAGGAGCCGGCAAGAGGGGGAGGACCGACCCUGCACCCGUCGCGCCGAGCAAGAAGCCGCACACUGGGGCCAGUGCCAGUGCUAGUCGGGCUAGCGCGGGGGCCAGCGGCGCCGCCACCACGGCUGCUGCCGACCCGAUUACAGUGGAGGAGGAGCCCGCAGCAGGCCCCAUUGCGCCCACAACGGGGGCGGGCGACGCGGUGAUCGACCUCACCACUGACGUCGAGGACGCAGGGUUGAGGGACAAGCCAGAGGCGGCUCCCGCGCCAAGCCCCGCCGCCCCAGACACAACGGUGGCGGCGCCCACCAUCGCUACCGGACCGGGGCCCGGCAGCGCGUCCCCGGCCUCGCAGGCCGGAGGCACGGAUCCCGCGGCUACCUAG